CAACACAGCUCGUGUGCCAUGCCAUCAACAACAUCGUGUUCUGAUUAAUUCUGGAAUUCACCGAAAAGAGGGUACCUUGCACCGCUACGAUAAGAUAUAAGCGUUGUGGUUCGUUGGCGCCCACCAACAACCCACCAUCAUCACGCAUAUUCGAUGAUGCCCAAUCACCAAGAUGAUGUAUCUCCACGGGCCCCUACCUCCCUUGCUCGAAAGGAAGCACUUCAGGCCGAAAUGACGCUCAAAGGUCAUGAAGACUGGGUGAGAGACGUCGCUUUCAUCCCUGGUACCCGCCUCCUCGUUACUUGCUCUGACGAUAGAAGUCUUCGGGUGUGGAAUCUGGACACAGGGAAACAAGUGGGGGAGCCUUUGGUGGGUCACAAUGAAUAUGUGUUGCGGGUGACAGUAUCCUCCGAUGGCCGCUGGAUUGUCAGUGGAGCGAGGGACGGAAGCAUCUUGAUAUGGGAAGUUCCGACGAGGAAAAGCGGCGUCCCGGUCCUCUUACACUCAUUCAAAGGACAUAAGAGUGAUGUUUGGAGCGUCGUCUUUGCACCGGACAGCGAGACAUUUGCAAGUGCAUCAUAUGACAAAACGGUUUGUGUGUGGCGGAGAGAAACAAGCGAAAUAGCUCUCGGACCAUUCCAAAUGGGUAGUGAGGCAUAUUCGGUGUCAUACUCUCCCGAUGGCAGCAAACUAGCGGCAGGCACUGAUAAACACAUCGUCAUUUGGAAUGCAAUGAAUGGAGAAGAGUUGCUGAAGAUAGAACAGCGGGCAUGGCGGGUUGUAUUCACUGUAGAUGGUCUCCGUCUCGUCAGUGGGAAUUUCGACGACGUUCGAAUCUCAGACGCUACCACUGGAGAGAUCAUCAAACAAUUUGACGUGCACACUGAUCUUUUACAAUCACUGGCCAUUGCUCCCGAUGGCACGAAAUUCGCCACCACCUCGAGCGAUAAAAUGACGCGAUUCUUUGACCUGACCACCUUGGAACCCAUUGGCGAGCCACUUGAACACCCUGAUGCCCUAUACUGCGCCACGUUCUCUGAGGACAGCCAACUAAUCGCGACUGGCUGUGUCGACAAACUCGUUCGUACAUGGAUAGUCGAUCAGAGCGAGUCAGAGGUGCUCCAGCAGGCAAGCAGUUACCUACAGGCUGACUACCGCUCUUCCAAAAAAGAUCGUCGACCAGAACGCACUGGACUUCCUCGUGGGUUCUUCGACAAUGUAAAACUUCAUGUUACAGCAGAUUCAAUACCCGUCUUACUAUGCUCCCAGUUUGAUACACGUCGACCCAAUACCCGCACUGUUCCCACCACCUCCCAGCGUGAUGUCGAAGGCUCCCGCAUGAAGCAAUUAAUGAACCAUCUCUUCUCCAUCGCGGACGUCUUCGCAACACGGGGUAAAUAUCGCACUGCAAAUGCUAUCAGCGGGAAAAGGCAUUUAGUGCAACCACCACGUCCUCCUCGCCGGAAUGCCCGCACUUCCAACACUGGUGUCUCGGAUGCUGACACCAGCGCGGCGGGGACGUCUAAUAUCAUCAGCAGCGCAACUUCAGCAAGCAUGCAGACCACAACUACCAGUGUUCCUGCUGAGACUUUCCAACAAUCACCACUAGACGCUGAACUUGUUCUGGAGACAAACUGCUUGGUGAUCCUUGCCAGGUGGUUACUGUGUGUCUCGCGCGCUGAAAAAACAAGUCCUACUCCUGCCAGUGUUACUUCCCGCCUCCGCUAGUCCCCUCCGUUCUGAGACUCAUCCCCUCGAAUCAUUCCCUUACACUACGUGUAUUGAGACUAUCUGAUGUUGCUCCCGAUAUAUCACCGUCGUGCGAAAACUUAGCUAUGUGGGAUUUGAGGUUACGCGAGAAACACCCUCCCUUCAUUAUGCAAUACAAGGCACUUAGAUUCACGGGCCUCUAUUUCACGCAUCUUCAGCUGCGCCUUGGGGACUCGUAGUUCCAAACCAUCUGUUAUCGAAGAGCAUUCUUACUAUUCAUUAUCAAUAUUGUUAGGUGCCAAGUCAAUGCGGUGUUCUACAAUAUUGUCGAUGGAAAGUUGAUGUAUUGGCCACUUACAUUGUGGAAUUGACUGCAUGAUACAUGUUUCAAGAUGCGGUGUCACUCGAUGGAUGCUGGAGAUUCAGACUGCGAUGUAAUCCUCGUACAAGCAAGGACGUCCCG